UUUCUUUGUUGAGUCCUCCCCAAAUCUCUCCCCCUCCAGCAUCACAGUUAUGCCAUCGUCUCCCAAAUUCUUCCACGCGCGCACUUCGCCGCAGCCCACGCACCCCGCCAGAUCUGCUCGCCUCAUCUUCUCCGCCCUUCUCACCUUCGCCAUUGUCUCUUUCCUCUUCGCCCUCUCAUCUUUCCUUUCCUCCGGUGGAUCCGGCUUCCGCUGCCGGAACUCCGAACCGAGAUCCGUCCGUGUUCUUUGGGACAAAACCGCUAAUGCUAAUACCGCUGCUGCUGGUGGAGGUGGAAUUGAUGAUAAUGGGACGAAGAGGCAUAAAAUUAUGGGAUUUGUUGGGAUCCAAACCGGAUUCGGCUCGACAGGCCGGAGACAGUCCUUGAGAAAGACGUGGAUGCCUUCCGAUCGUCAAGGCCUUAAACAGUUGGAAGAGGCAACUGGAUUGGCUUUUAGAUUUGUAAUUGGUAAAACAAAUGAUGAAUCAAAGAUGGCAGAGCUGAAAAAAGAAGUAGCAGAAUAUGAUGAUUUCCUUUUGUUGGAUAUUGAGGAAGAGUACAGUAAGCUCCCGUACAAAACGUUAGCAUUCUUUAAAGCUGCGUAUGCACUCUUUGAUUCGGAGUUCUACGUCAAAGCUGAUGAUGAUAUUUAUUUGAGACCAGAUCGGCUAUCACUUCUACUAGCAAAAGAACGUUCUCAUUCUCAGACUUACCUUGGUUGCAUGAAAAAGGGUCCGGUGUUCACCGAUCCUAAGCUGAAAUGGUAUGAGCCACUAUCCUCUCUAUUAGGCAAGGAAUACUUUCUUCAUGCCUAUGGUCCUAUAUAUGCACUUUCGUCAGAUGUUGUUGCAAGUUUGGUUGCACUAAGAAAUGACAGUUUUCGGAUGUUCAGUAACGAGGAUGUUACCAUCGGAGCAUGGAUGCUUGCAAUGAAUGUCAACCACGAGGAUAGUCGAACAUUGUGUGAGCCAGAGUGUACGGCAUCAUCUGUUGCGGUCUGGGAUAUCCCCAAAUGUUCAGGGCUAUGCAAUCCAGAGACCAAGAUGUUGGAACUUCAUCAGAUAGAUACCUGCUCAAAAAGUCCAACUUUGCCAUCAGACGAUGAUGAUGAUUAGUUAAAUUUGCCUCGACACAGAUUUUAUUAACACGAGAAAGCAUUUCGAAGAAUCGUUUCCUCUGGUAAGUUGAUCUUACUGCCAUCAAACAUAUCUAAACUUCCUCGAUCAAUCAUCACUACCCAUUUUUGUCUUCCACCAUCAUUUUGUCUGUAACAUGUGAACUUCUUUUACCGACGAUGGAAGUUACCAAGAGACAUUUACCGUACCAUUCCUUUUACCCUUA